UGUUUUUACGUUACGUUACGUUACGUUACGUUACGUCACGUCACGUCACGUCACGUCACGUCACUACAUCGACGUGACGUGCGUCUCUUGUUUAUAUUGUUGUUGUUUUUUUGUCAACAGUGUGGUUGUAGUGACGCUCAGUCAUUCGCGGUUUAAAAUACCUAAUUUGUGUUUUGUCAACGGUCGGAAUCGUAAAUGACGUCACAGUGUCGCGCUUUGGUUCGUCCCCGUGGUCGUUCGUGUCCUCUGAGCCGCUGACGUCACUUGCUGCGUUCAAACUCAGGCGAUAAAACUUGAUUUUAGCAAAUUUUUCAAGUUAAAAAGUACUGUUCCUGAGAGCCCACCGGAGGCAGCCAUGAGGCAGCUCAAGGGGAAACCCAAAAAGGAGACGUCCCGGGACAAGAAGGAGCGUAAGCAGACCAUGCAGGAAGCCCGGCGGCAGGUGGCCACCAUCGUGCUGCCGACACUCGCCGUCCUGGUGCUGAUCAUCGUGGUCUUCGUCUACGUGGCCACCAGGCCGGGCGACAUCGAGUAGACGUCAAAGACUCCCACACGUGACAGUGGCUUUACCCAGAGGAUUACCCCCCCGCCCCCCCUCACACAAUCAUGUGACCGCCGGCCAUUUUAAGCUUCCCCCAAAGAACCGGUUCCGUGCCUUCAGGUGGAUCCAAAGGACUCGGAGCGGCGAGUUGGACCCAAAGGGGUCUGGACUCUGUGAACAAUGGACACCGUAUGAGCAGAGGAGGACCGGAGUCUCUUCCUCUUUAAUGUGAAUGUUUGGCCGCCGUUUGUUUUCCGUUAAGUUAUUGACGAGUCGCUCGUGACAACGUGCCUUAACACAUUCUGUUUCAUUUCAGUUCAAUAAAUGAAUUUUUUAAAAUAUC